GGGCAAUGCCCCGUUCAAAAAAUAUUGCAGCAGGAUGCCGAAAGAGUCUUCGGUAACCAUUGACACGCCCGAGUCUAAAAUUAACAAGCUGUGGGAAUGUUGUCCUCGAAGACGUCUCGCUCAAGAGGCUCCCGAAGCCGAUAAGGGUGACAGACUUGCCGUUCAGUGCAUGAAGGUCCUCUGUUGUCAUGGGGACACCAGCGUGUGUAAAAGGUGGUGGUGUG